AUGCCUGACGCGGCUCAUCAGCCUCUCAGCGCGCGGACAGCGCAGCGAAUCCACGAGCAAGUGACUCGUGAGGUUUUCCGACUCGCUGGCCGCGAUCCCGAGAAUCAUGUGGAAUGCUUCAAGGCUUGCCUUAAGACUAUUGAGGACACCAAAGUCGUCGAGGCAACUGACUAUACUAUUUGGCAGAGCCAGGAGCCAAUCUCCAGCCUCCUGGAAGAGUUCUUGAAUAUCAAUCGAACUACUAGGAGCGGUAAUUUUUACAUGCUCCCAGCAACGGCCGCCGUGGCUAUUGCUGCCGUUCUGAACCUGAAGCACGUCGUCAUUAACCCCAACGACAACACCAAACUCAUCGCCAGCGCUGUCUCGGAGAGUGCUGUGUGGGCUUACCUUGGUAUUGCCGUCGAUGUAUGGCCUCAGACUGGUGAAGCUCACUUCUUCGUUAAGAAGUCUGACCAAGAUUUAAAAUCUCCAAUAGUUGGAAAGGUCGCCCGAGGAAAGUUUGCAGUCACAACCAACAUUUCCGGAGACGCUAUCACCCCUCUCAUGCUUCUAACUACGGCGAGAUUCAAUGGUUGGGUAAAGUCAGCAUCUGGUGCCCCUUGUCUGAAAAGGGGGACUGUCGACGCGCCGCAGAUCAUCCACCGCCGUCAAGCAUUGAGCGAAGGCAAGGAGAUCCUCGAGAAACUUGGAAACCGAAAGUUCAAGCAAAACGAUCCGGCUCUCAUCCGAGAGUGCAACCAAGUCGCGAAAUCAUGGCUGCCAAUCAUCAAGGACGCAGACACGGACUUAUCAGUUUACAAGUUCAUGGGCAAGACCGGUGCCACUCUUGCAUCCCUGGUGACUGAUGAAAUCGAUUAUAUUCAACUGGCUCAACAGGUCAAUGAUUCAGAAUCAACUGCCGCUGUAAAGAAGCUGGUUGAACUGUCAGACAAGGCCCGUGAGAUACAAAACUCUCAGCAGAACUAUAUGCAGGAAGCAACCCCCAGUCUGAUGGAACUUCGAACGACUCUCCUAGAGAAGCCCGGUUGCCAGUCGUUCCAGCAAGUUUUUGGACCUCCUUGGAGCCAAUGUCUCCUCAACCAAGAAGCUGACGGCACCAAGAACAUAAUUGUUGGCGCUCUUCAGCGCCUCUUCGAUACUAUUGCCUACGUCGUGCCUCGAACACACUCUAUGUACGGUGCUUUUCUAGAUAUGGCCUCCAAAAUGGACAUUGCUGUCAUGUCUUCCCUCGACCUUGAUCUGGCUAGAGCUAAAGAUCGUCACCAGAAGCGGCUCGACAUCAACGAUGACCUUUCAUACCGCAACGAGAUCAUGACCAACGUGGCCGAAGCCAUCGGCAGACUCGAGCGUGGGUCAGCAUCGCAGGAACGACUUCUUCGUUCAAAGCUCUGCUCAAUCCUCGACGCAGCUGAUGCGCUGAUCCUAAAGGAGAACCUUGCGCGGGAUAUUAGCAUCGUGACCUCGACUAACACUCAUGACGAAAGAGUUUGA